AAAACGAAAGCGAUGCAGAUACACUGAUCAGUGUGCAGAUAGCAACAUAUCUAAACAUUUGCACUCCUCCAAUCAUUCUACUGCCGACUGGUCCACCCUUGGCUUAUAUUGCAUGCACUGCAAGACAACCAAACGGAAGACUUUGGAGAAACGUUUAAUUUUUAGCCUAAAAAUUCUUUAUCCCAAUGGUCUUAAUAAACAUUUUGAUUUUUAUCAUUAACUUAAAAAUACGUAAACAAUAGGUUGGUAUGAUAUAACAAAGCAAAAACACGACGCAUAACAAAGCAAUAGAAAGCGUAACAAAUCUCGGGUGAAACCCCCUGCUUGCAUCCAUCGUUGAAGCCUUGCGGCGACGAUGGUGCGGACGAUGUAUCUGGUGGUGCAAGUCUGUCACGGAAUUUGAAAUCGCCAACAUGUUGCUGCUCAUCAGAACUUUAAGAUACAGCAAUGUGCACAAACUGAGUGGCGUGGUUUCUAGAAAUUUAGUUCCCAGUUUUCUCAAUGGAUAUGAAGAUAUACCAAGACUAUGUGCGAAGAGCUCGAUUGCUUGGCGAAAUUCGCGAACCUUCCCACAGGCAACGGUCCAGAGGCAUUUUUCAACAACCUCGAAUCUAACUAAAGGUCAUGGAGCUGUCUCAAUGCAUGUCGUAUCAUUUGAAGGAAGGCCUGCUCUGAAAAUUGAAUGGGAUGACAGCAGGGCAAGUCAUUUUCCGUUUGUAUACAUAAGGGACAACUGCUUAUGUCACCUGUGUUAUGAUGGCUCUGCGAAGCAAAGAACGUAUAAUUCUGUAAAGGAAGUUUUUGGGGACCCCGAAGAGUUGACAAAUAUAGCAGCACAAUCGGUAACUUAUGAUCCAGACCAUAAAAAUGUUACUAUUUCUUGGCCUGAUGGACAUCAGUCCAUUUUUGAUUUAACAUGGUUCGAAGAAAGGAAGUUCCCAGAAUCACUGGAGGAUCAACAACAAAACAGCACAAGCUUUGUACCUCGAAAGAUUCCUUGGCCAGAUAAUUUUCGGUGCCCAGAGGCAGAUUUCCAGGCCAUUAUUAAUAAUGAUUUGGAUUGUCACGAUUGGAUUUCGAACCUCGCUACCCAUGGCCUCACUCUCAUAAAAAAUGCGCCUGCUGAGCCAAAUACGUUGUCAAUUAUUGCCAGGAAAGUAGGUGGGUUUAUCAGAAAGACUCAUUAUGGAGAGAUUUUCAAAGUUAAGAGCAAACCAGACCCAAGUAAUAUUGCUUACUCAGGCCGGGAAACACCACUCCAUGUAGAUUUAGCCUAUUACCAGUAUCAACCUUCUAUUCAAUUCCUGCACUGCAUUAAACAGACAGGUGAUACAAAUGGUGGGGCGAAUUCCUUCGUUGAUGGUUUCAGCGUUGCAGAGUUCUUUCGGAAAGAGCACCCGGAAGUGUUUCGUACACUCUCAACACUGAAAUUUACGUUCAGGGAUAUUGGCACAGACGAAUAUGGUGAAUUCGAGAAGAAGCUGGAGCGACCAGUUAUUGGUAUUGACGACAGUGGACGCUACACAAAUAUCGCCUAUAACAAUUUCACGAGAAGCUCGUUUUUGAAUGUUCAGUUGGCUGAUGUAUACAAACUGUACGAAGCUUACUUCAUGUGGACAAAGAAGAUCAAUGAAAAAAGCGAAGAGAUGGUACAUAAAUUGAAGCCUGGGGAAAUAUGGGCGUUUGACAAUAUUAGAAUCCUGCAUUCAAGGACAACCUUUGAUGUUUCGAAGGAAGAAAGAUAUGUAGAGGGGAUGUACUUAGAUUGGGACGAGGCUUACUCUUCGCUACGUACCCUGAGAAGGAGGCUUGGAAAAAAUACCGGUGACAGCAAUUCCUUUUAGUACUGUUCCAUCUACCAAGUGUUUUUAUUGAAGCUACAAUAAUCCGAGAACUGACCGAGGGUAGUAUAAUUCAUUAGUUAAAAUCGAGUUUUGAACUCCAUAGAUUUAAUUUGCUUAUUUGGUAUAUUGGAGUAUAUUUAAAUUGUUUGAUCUACUUUUUGGUUCUGUGUGAAGCAAAUUGCCGCGCUUUCUUAUCGGAAACAUCAAAGCAGGGAUGUCCCGUACUUGCUAACUAACUUGCUCCAGUCACCACACGGCCUCUACCUUAAUUGCUUUUUAACAGGUCUCGAGUAAUGCCUCGACGUUCAUAAAGUUUGGUGGCACAUUAAUUUCAAUUGUCUCUGUUUACAAACCUUAAAGAAUUUGAGUCCAUGUUGACAUGAAUUUCUUUCGGCUUUGCACUAAUCAUUUCUCCAUUUCUUAUAUUUGCCCCUUCAAUCUUAUCGCUUUAUUUUCUUUUGUGACACUCUCCUUGAGUUCAAAAUACUUGAGGCGGAAUUUAUCUGAAGAAGUUGGGGCUUUUUAGGGUCCUGGUAGUCGCUUUUAGUAUGCUCUUCUUCGUAGUCUUUGGUGCCGAUUCGGUAGGCAUUAAUUUUAUAGGGAACAUUUCUUGUCAAUAUGGCAGAAUUCGUAGAAGACGUGCAUUUUGGGUAUGCCAAACCUUUCAAAGCUAAAUUUGUUAGCAUGUGACUUUAUCCGAAUAUGGUCUAGAAAGCCACCUUCGCUAAAUCAAUACAUAUAAAAUGAUGACGGUGUAAAUUCGCCUGUAUAUUCUGUUUCUUGAUUGGUCACACUUUGUUCAAUAUCCCGUCUCUGCACGCUAUUGAGUGUUGCUUUCGUCUUUGCCCUGAUAUUUUUUCCAUUGUUUCUAAGUUGUUCGUAAGAUUUUAAAGUAUUUUCUACGAUUCUUGACAGACUGUAUUCAAAUUUUACACGCCAUUCCCCCAGUUCAUUUUUUUAUGUCGCUGCUGGCAUAAUAUCAUACGCCUUUACUAUGAAUAGAGAGGGGGACAGAUAUGAGUUCUGACUUUAUAUACAGUUUAUCUGCAUUCUUUAGGACGUUUGUCUCAGCAGCUGUGUCUCAGAACUAUAACUUUUACAUUCGCUAAGCAUUUGGUUUAUAGUUUCUAUAUCAAUGCUAAGCUGACGGUUUUCGCACCGUCCAAAUAAUACAGUUAGUAUGAUGGAAUCAAAUUUGAAAUUCUUUGGGUAGUCUACAAAUCACAAGGAGAAGACUACUCCUCAAUCAAGUGAAAUUGGAAACAGCCGAAAACCAGUAUCCAAGUAAAUAUUUUUUCAUCAGAUAUGCACUUACAGACGGAUACACUGACUGAAGCCAGUCGGUAUUUGAUUUCAAGAUGUAUUUUUAUGUCGAUUCGAUCAAAAGCAAAACAUCAUUUCAAAUUAGCUAAAAUUCAAAUAAAUCAAAGAUACCCUAGGCUGAAAAGUCCUUUUUUGGAAGGAGCACAGAUUCAUGCGUUUUACCAGCCUCGAAAAAUUAAGCUGACUUUGGACUCCCUUAUUUUCAGAAUGGCAAUCUGAAAGUGUCCAGGAAAUGCUGCUUAUCCUCGUUAAAUUUUCAUGUCGACUUGAUUAGACAGAUUGUUUACAAGUUCCACCUGCUAGCCGAUUUUGAUAAUGAAACCUCCGUGACAAUGACUUGAUGACACACCCAGAUUGAAAGGAAGCUCUACGUUAUAUCUUUGUCAAUUUGAUAGCACGAUUCGUUUUCCUAAUGCAAAAGAAUGGCAAAUUGUGACUUCCAUAGGCCAGAUUAGAAGUACUGAAUCGCAGAUUCUGGGACAUUGCAAUAGUGCAAGUUAAGGGAUGAUUCAAGUGGCUGAUUUUGUUCUAAUAGAUUAUCUUUGUUUAAUGUGGCAUCGUCAUUUUUACUGAAGGAAGUUGUCUUCAAACAAUCUUUUGAUGGUACAAACUUGAAAAUGGCUUUGAAAAAAAGCGAACAUUUUAGUAAAUUAAAGCUUUUCGUCUGACACUCUUCAGAGUUUAGAACGUCAGAACAAAGAUCGAAAACUCUACGCUAGGAAAUAUAUAUACCCAGUUGUGAAUCGAAAUAGGCCAAUCAGAAACGCGAGCACAUGACAGUCAUCUAAAUUGUCUUCAUCUAAGUUUACAUUUUUCUACUAUCAAGCCCGAGUACUACACUGGAAUCGAGAGGGCGUCCGCCAUUUUAAUUUACAUUUGCCAUAAACAAAAGAAGCAAAUAUUAGAGAAAAGAAAUUCGGCGAACAGCGUACGCAGAUGCCCAACUGCUCCACGUAUGGAUUACAAUCAUAGAAAAAUAACUCAAUUUAUACCACUUUGACGCCAAUCUUGUCAAUUUGCUUACCAUUUCCUGUAGCCUAGCUUGACCUUCCAGAGAGAGGGGAAGGUUUCAGGGUCAUAAAAAGUAAAAUUUACCGUCGAAAACAUUGAUGAAGGACAAUGAAGUUGCUAGUUCACCAACCGUCAGACUAUUUUACCCAUCAACUAAUGAAUUUUUGCACCAAUAGUGGAUUUACAAAAUGUCUUACAAACUAAGGAGUAUCACCCCUCCUAAGCCCUUCGCUAGCUAUACUCCUGACGAUUUCUAUUCAAAGUUGAAAUUGAGGUAAUCAGCAUGUUAACUAUGCAGAGUUAGAACACUGUUAUCCGUUCAUCAAUUAUUGAUUUGCGUCUAUUUGUCUACUUUGAAUAUUCAUGAGAUAAAUGCUGGUUAUAGCAAGAAAUGAAACGUGUUUUCAAAGCAAGACACAAGUUGUAUAUAUAUAUCAAAGAGAUACCAAGCAGAAACAAAAUCAUAUUAUGAUACUAUGAUAUACGCAAUGUGAUGCCUUUAAGCGAUGGUUUUAAAAUGCAAACUCGUGAAUUUUCAAACACAAGCAAGAAGCAAAGAACUUCAAUACAGCUAAAAUAAUGAUAUGAAUUAAUUUCA